AUGGCUAGGACCACACAGCGCUCAGAGAAGCGCCGCCAAGACAGGAGCUCCGAGGCAGACGAAAAGGCCACUGCCUCACUCUCCAGUGCUGGUGUCAUGUCUCCCGGCAGCGGCGAUGAGGAUGUCGACACACGUGUGCCCUCACCAACGACACGCCAGCCGCCGAUAUCGUCGUCCUCCUCCUCCUCGUCUGAGCCUUCGUCCUCGCGGCCGGGCGCUGCGGGGACCGAGGGUGCUGAACCUCUAGCCACCACUUUCCUCACGGGAUGGAGGCUCGUGGUGGGAAUAACAGGACUUCUGCUAUGUCUCUAUCUUGUAAACCUCGAGGUGACCAUCGUGAGCACGUCCCUGGUCAGCAUCACCAAUGAUCUGUCCGGGUUCGAAAAGACCAACUGGGUGAUGACCGGCUAUCUCAUCACCUACACAGGCACCGUCAUCAUAUGGACCAAACUCAGCGAUGUCGUCGGUCUCAAGGCCGCCCUCAUCUCCACCAUGGUCUUCUUCACUGCCUUUUCCGGCGGUUGCGGCGCGGCCAAGACCAUUGACCAACUAAUCAUCUUCCGAGCGCUGCAAGGCGUCGGCGCAGCGGGUGCCUACUCCCUGUCGAUCCUCGGCCUCUAUGAAGUCAUGCCCAGGGAGAAACUCGCGCUGGGAAGUUCCUUGGUCGCUCUUUCCAUUGCGCUGGCCACCCUCAGCGGCCCGCUCUUCGGCGGCGUCAUCAACAUGCGCACGACGUGGAGAUGGGUAUUCUACGUAAACGUCCCCGCCGGAAUCCUCGCCAUCGCCAUGGUCGCAGCCACCCUACGCACACGCGUCCAAACCUCCCCUACCACCCGAGACAACAGCAGAAGCAGCAGCAGCAGCAGCAACGCCUGGGCCAGCCUCAAGCGCCUCGACUUCCUCGGCGCCUUCCUCCUCCUCUCCGGUUCCCUCCUCCUCGUCACCGCCGUCCAAGAGACCGCCCUCGAGUUCUCGUGCUGGGUCGCCUUCUUCGCCUGGGAGCGCCACGUCACCGCCCGCUCCGAGAGCGGCGCCUGGUCCGUCGAGCCCAUGUUCCCCUGGCGCCUCGUCCGCAACCGCCCCUGGAUGGGCAUGCUCAUCACCACUUUCGUCAUCGGCGCCCCCUUCAACGUCGCCAUCGUCUCCCUGCCCCAGCGCUUCCAGGUCGUCUCUGGCGUGUCCGCCCUCGGCGCCGGCGUGCGCCUCAUCCCCUUUUCCCGUCGCCCGCAUCCCCCGGCCUACUUUGUCCUGCUCGGCGCCAUUCUCGAUUUCGUCGGCGUCGGCCUCUUGUCCACCCUCCCCAUCUACUCUACCGCCUUUCCCGGCGUCGGCUACUUUUACGAGGUGCUCACCGCCGCGCGCGACAUCGCCGUCGCCACCGGAGCCAUCGUCCAGUUCCGUUUCCUCGGCGGCGCCAUCGGGCUCAGCAUCGCCGCCAACAUUCUCAACUCCGCCCUCAAGCGUGAUCUAAAGGACAUCCUCGAUCCCAGCCAGCUGGCGUCCCUGCUCGUCAAUAUUGGCGUCAUGGGCAAUUUCUCCGACGCCCAGCAAGAUGCGGUGCGGUCCGUUGUGGCGAGCCCACCGGACGCAGUUUCAGGCAAUGCUGGCCUUUACUGCCGUCCAACUUUUUCCGCCCUCAUGGUUUUCAAGCGAGGCGAGCAGAUUCGGACGGUGGAGAAAAAGUAA